AUGCAAUUUUGUUGCUGCUGGUGUUAUUACUGGCUUCGGACCUGCAUUCUACAGACUGUUCCGUCAUUUAUUGUGUAGAGCUGAAAUAAACACACUGCCUCCGUUACAAUUUGAUUGCCACCCAUCAUCUUCUCCUGAAAUACAUCAUCAUCACCACCUCUUUCAACUCACGGUGAUCAAAAUAUGACAUCAAGAGGAUUAUUUUCAACUUCAUCUUCUUAUUCUGAUUCGUUCAAUUACUCAAACGAUCAUCAUGCUCCCACUGAAGAAAGGGAACAUUAUGAAUCCAUUUUAAGGAUCAAACAAGAACGCGCAAGAGAACAAAGGGAAUUAUUGAAAUACAUGUGUAAUGUACCAACGGCAAAUAGACAUGCAGCAGCAAGGGCAGCAACAUUGUUAGGAGAAGAAACAAUAAUGGAAGAAUGCGCAAGAUCAUCAACUUUUGCAACUGAAGCGCGUAUUGCUAUUGGAUUAGACGAAGAAAGUUGUUUGGGAGCCGUUUCAGAUUCAAUGGAUUCAUGGAGAAAAGCAGAAUCAAAUAGAAAUAAAGAACUUGCUGCAAAAGUUGUUUCUUCGCUGGAUGAAUUAUUUUCACCUUCUCAAGAAGAUUUUGCCGUUCGAAGACCUUCAAGUUCACAAACUAGUCUUCCUCCUGCCACACCUUCACGUUCUCCUUCUGCACUCUCUUAUCAUCGUGGAUUUGUGUCAACUUCACCUACUACCAAAUCUCAGGCUAGCUCACAAUGCUCGCAAGGGAUUGAUGAUGAUGAAUUAGAAGCGCGUCUAUGUCCACGAACGAUUCAGUACUUCAGUGCACCUAACAGCUACCAAAGGACAUGGGGAGGACAACGUCCUGCCACACCACAAACAACUAGUGAUUAUGGAAGACGAGCAUCAGAGAAUGAUGCAACCAACGUUUUUCGUGUUCCGAUCAGCGAUCGGAUCCCGAACAACACCCUUUCACAAAAAAGUGCUCAGCGUGUUCAAUUUCAACAAGGUGAUGACACGUUUGAGGGAAAACCAUUCGAACGUAGUCAAUCAUCCAGCAACCUCUUAUCGUCCCGUUUGAUCGGCGGAAGAAAGAUGGGCGAAAGGAGAUUAAACAUGUCUUGUGAUCGUUCAGCAGCACCAUCACCCGUUGAAUCAAGUUAUACAUCUGUCAGAUUUGAAGAAACUUUGAAUAGGAUGGCCAAAUCGGCCAAUACGUAAAAUGCCUGAUCUCAUUUUGCUUUGUUUGUCUUUCGUAACUCUUUUCUUUUUCUCUCUUUGGUAUACCCUACUGCAUUCAUACCCGUAAUACGCUUUGCUCUUCUUUUUCUCUUUUU